AAUGUCAAAAUUUCAAAAUUUCUCGCCCGCUUUUGAAGAAUGUGGAAUAUAAAAUUGCCUAGCAACGGAGUUGGCCUGGCCCUUUUCGGCUUGUGGAAGUUUAUUAACUUUCAUUACAGCACACAUUCGGCAGUAUGGUGCUUAUCACCGAAGAGCUGGUCCGCAAGAAAUCAGAGCACAAUGAACGUCUAAUCAGCACGCUGGAAGAGAUCUCCUUGCACCAGGAGGACAUCGAGGUAAUUGAACACAUCCAGAACUGGUGUCGCGACCUCAAGAUCCUACUCCUCCAAUCCAACCUGAUUGCGCGCCUGGAGAACUUGCACAAGCUGAAGCGCCUGGAGUACCUCAAUGUGGCCAUCAACAACAUAGAACGAGUGGAGAAUCUGGAGGGCUGUGAGUCGCUUAGUAAACUGGAUCUUACUUUAAACUUUAUAAGAGAGCUAACCAGUGUUGAGUCGCUAUGUGGCAAUUACAAUCUCCGCGAGUUGGUACUCAUUGGUAAUCCUUGCGUGGAUUAUCCGCACUACAGGGACUACGUGGUGGCCACCUUGCCACAGCUGAACAGUUUGGAUUGCGUGGAGAUCACUCCCUCGGAACGUCUGCGAGCGUUGCGGGAACUGUCCAAGAACCGGUCCAUCAUUGUUCAGAAGCAGGUAGAACAGGACAUCGAACGUGAUGAGCAGCGUAUCCGGGUGGCGAAGCAGCAGUCCGCUCUGGCUGAACAUUGUGCCGGCAUAGAGGACGAAGAAGAGCGCAUAAAGGCCUUUUGGCAGGCGAAGAGCGAGCACUGCCCGGAGAUUCGCACAGAGAUCGCUCGGCAACACCGAUUGGGACGGGAGCGGCACGAAACCAAGUCCCCACUGGACCCUCUGAAGCCACAGCGCAACCUCUUCGCUCCUUGUGGCAGACCCUACAAUCUGAACCAGGCCAAACUGCCCUUUAAGUUUCGGGAUGAGGCCGACCAUUACUUGCUCCAACUGGAGGUGUACAGACACCUGGAUACCUCUCUAAUUGACGUCGAUGUGCAGACCACAUACACUAGAGUCACCGUCAAAAAAAAGAUCUUCCAGAUCGCGUACAGCGAGGAGGUCAAGCCGGAUGAGUCCACUGUGCAGCGUUCCCAGAUUACAGGUCACCUUGUGGUCAAUCUUAAGAAGCUAAAAGUUAACGAGCUGCUGAUAGCCAAGAAAAGCCCGACUAAAAGCCCUGCCGCCCCUUUUGAUGCAGGAAAAAAAGAUGGGAAACCGGAGGAAGCGUUUCACGGAGGAGUAGUGGACAUCAGCAACAUUUGUGCACCCGAAGAUCUUCCCGAUUUAAUUUGAGACUGUGUUCAUUAUUUAAAAAUGGUUUAUUUAAAU